CAGUGGGCGCGUUCGCGCUGUAUAUCGAAUCGGAUUGUGUUUCGCGUCACGCCGUCACCGUCACCGUCACCCGCGGACCGCUAUUCUCCCCAACCCCGUCUCUCGGUACGUUGACGGCUGCGGGCUGUCCGACGAUCGGCCAAACGGACGGAGUUCGACGAGACGGAAAAACGGUGGGCUUGAACGUUUGGAAAAGUGCGCGCGCGAUGUUACAUCGAUGCGUUUCUCUCGCUUAACGCAUGGAUCUCAUUUUGUAUGGAUUAGAACUUAUUGUUAGAGGAUCGAUUUCGUGACGAGUUCACGACCGGUACUCGAUUUCCGAAAUGAAGUGCGUCGAAUAUCAAGCAAUAAUCGGAGUGCCAGCGAAGCGCGAAUUCCGUCGUUCGCGCGGAUAAGUGUGCGCGUGCUCCGAAUCGGUCGAUUACACGAAUUGACACGAAAUGUUACAAUGGUGCCACGUGAACUGACAGUGACCGUGCGCGAGGGUGAUUGACGGGACAAUCGAGGGCAUCGAGGCGUUCGAGAAUCCGAGUGUCGCGAGAGGGAGAGAAGUAGCGCGCGAGGGGGUGCUUCGCGAAACGACGUGAAGUUGGCGCGGUAAUCACGUGACUGCGCGGCGGGAAGGCCCGCGAAUUCGCGAGAGCGAGAGAUAACGCGCGCUCGCCGGCGUGUCGAAUUGUUAAUGGUCCGCGCGUUUUUGCUCGCGGGACGAAAUGAGGGUGGCGACGGAGCGGCGCGGCCGUCGAUGAGCCCGAAGGAUCGUUGCGCGGAUCCCGCGGUGGUGGAACGUGGGGGCCCGUGGCCCUGCAAGUCCGUUAGCAGCCCCCAGGCUCGUACGCCGCUCACCGUCGCCGUCGCCGUCGGCCCGGGCAUGAUGCCACGAGGUCUGCCGACGACGAGACGUGGCCUGCAGGCGCUGGCGCUCGUCAUCGCUACCGCCUACGCCACGAUUCUCCUCUACCAGGCCGUCGCACCGCGCCAGUGGGUCGACGAGAUGAACGUGGCGGAAGUGAAUAGCCGAAGCGUGAUAGUGGAGGUGCCGGCGUUGAGAAAGUUAAUCAGCGAGGAGUCGGCGGUGACGCCGCCGGUGGCGACGGCGACUAUGGCACCGUUCGCCACGAAUCUCGACGACGUGUUUAUCAGCGUGAAGACCACCAAGCACUAUCAUCACUCCCGCUUGCCGGCCAUCGUCGAUACGUGGUUCCAGUUCGCCAGGAAUCAGACCUGGUUUUUCACCGACAGAGAUGACCCUUACUUUCAAAAUCAAACCAACAGCCACAUGAUCAACACCAAGUGCUCAUCCUCGCACAAUCGGCGGGCCCUUUGUUGUAAGAUGUCGGUGGAAUUCGACAGAUUUCUCGACAGUGGCCGAAAGUGA